CCUGAGUGAAGUUUCCCCCAUUUCCAGUGGCCACCGUUGUCUGAGGCUGGUUCGGAGCAGGGCUGGGGUUGCCCUGACAUUUCUGGGACCGCGGCCAGCCAAGAAGAAAAAAAGACGAGUGUUUUACAAUUUGCUUUUGUCAAAGCGUGGAGAAAGGGGAAAGGGAAGCGUCCUUUUUUUUUUCAGCAUCACAUUCCUGUGAUUUUCUUCAGCCUGGAAAAUAUAUUAGUGCUGGUGCUUUCCUCUCUGGAAACAAAGGAGCUAAACGGGACUGAAGAAGAAAGGAGUGGGAAGAAGGUUUGGGAAGUUUAAAAGAGAGGGACUUGGAGCAACCAGAAGUUCCCUUUUCUUCAAUGAAAUCCCUGCCUCUGUGGGUAACCGGUACAGCAAAAAUCCAGACCUGCAGGUAAAUGGAGAAGCAGAGAUCACAAAGGAAAUUUCUGCUAACCUCGUCCCGCCUGUCAAGAAGGUGAAGAAGAAAGUCAAAAGACACACAACAGGCUUUGCGACCUGUUGUGCUGUGCAAAGAUAAAUCACUGAAUUUAUCACAGUAAAGCUGUAUGACAUUGAUCUCCUUUUAAAGGAAAAAGACGUGAGAACUCGUCUCUGGCAGGGGAACUUCCCUGAGAGUAUUGCACAAUGAACUGGAGACCAGCUCUCAGCUUAGCCCUGCUGUGGGCAGCAUGGUUAGUGUGUGGCUCUGAGAAGACAGAGAGGCUAGUGGAAAGGGGGAGCCAUGGAGUUAGGAAAGUGCCCCUGCCUUACAGGGCUUCAAGCAGCCUCCUGAGAAGGUCUGGAGCAUCCCUGAAGAAUUCAAACCCAAAUCCUCGACACCCUGUUGCCAAGAGGGAUUCUUCAGCACCUCCAAAGCCACUCACCAAUCUUCUGCAAGGGGAAGCACGUUCCCAGGCCAGUGGCACAGGGACCAGAAUGAGAUUGGUACAGAGACUCACAGCUGCAGCCAAAUACCCCAAGUCUGAGAUGAUUAAGGAUGAAGGGAUAUCCUCUGCCACCCAGUCACGAGGGGUACGUUUCCCGUCAGGGUCAGGUUCUCCCAAUAUCCUGGUCAGCUUUGCAGGGAAAAAUCGGGUGUGGGUCAUUUCUGCCCCCCAUGCCUCUGAGGGCUACUACCGGCUCAUGAUGAGCCUACUGAAAAAUGAUGUUUACUGUGAAUUGGCUGAGAGGCACAUCCAGCAGAUUGUGUUAUUCCAUGAAGAAGGGGAAGAAGGGGGAAAAGUUAGAAGGAUAACCAAUGAAGGAAAAAUCCUGGAACAGCCACUAGAUCCUGCCCUCAUCCCUAAGCUCAUGAGCUUUCUGAAACUGGAGAAAGGGAAAUUUGGCAUGGUACUGUUGAAGAAAACCCUGCAAGUGGAGGAAAGGUAUCCUUAUCCAGUCAGGCUAGAGGCCAUGUAUGAAGUCAUUGAUCAGAACCCCAUCAGGAAAAUUGAGAAGAUGAGGCAGAAGGGUUUCAUCCAGAUGUGCAAAGCAGCUGGGGUGGAGGGGCAAGUGGUUGAGGAAGGCAAUAAUGGGGGCACCAUGCAGCCUACUCCUGUCAGUGAACAUGUGCAGGUGUCAGCAAGGAAGGAGGAUCCAAGGAAGAACAAUAAUCAGCUAACAAGGACCAAAACAGUGAGGAAACCAAUGACAACCACAGUGGCUACUCCUCUGCCUACAGUAAGGACCACUACCCUCUCUCCCACCACCACAACUACUUGUGCCACCACCCAUGCAGUGAAAACAGCCAGCCGGUCUACAACAACUACUACAUCCCUCCCCAGCACACAGAGGACCUGGACCAUGAAGUCACAUUCCACCACAGAGUACCACAGGCUGCCAGUAUCCCCUGAUUCCACCAUGCCACAAGUCACAGCCUCUGAGGACUUCUACUCUCCUGUGUGGAAAACAAACCGCAGGGACCGGCAGCGUGGCCACCAAGACAAACAACUGGCAGCCACACGGAAACCAAACAAGGCUGCCCGCUAUGACAGUUUCACAGAACUCCCAACACCUCCCUCAGUGCACUAUACAAAGGCAAACAUGGGUAGAUUUAAAGAUAACAGAACUGACAGAAAGGACUUUAACCACAGAGACCUGAAUGUCACACCUGGGCAACACAAACCAACUAAGACUAAACCACCAAAAAAGAAGACCCAAGAAAAGAUACUCAGUAAUGAGUAUGAAGAUAAAUAUGACCCGAGCAAGCCUGCUAGUUCCCAUUUAGAGGAACAGUUUGCAGUGGGAAAUACUCCCCAAAAGAAAGGAAAAGAAUCAAAGAAGCAUGACCGAAUGGAUAAACCUGAGAAGAAGAAGAAGAAGGACAGACCUGACAAGCAGCAGAAGAGUGAGAAGGAGUCCAAGAAGGUCAAAGCUGAAAAAAAGAGCAAGCAGGACAAAGACCGCAAUAAAAAGAAGAAAGGAAGCAGGACUGAGAAUGAGGAUUUUCCCAAGUUCAACAAGAAGACUUUCCUACAGCCUCCUAGGAAAUCAGCAAGUAACCUCCUGGACUAUUUUGAAGGCAAGAGGAGGCUCAUUCUGAUCACAACCCCCAAGGCAGACAACACCAUGUACGUACAGCAGCGAGAUGAGUAUCUGGAGAGCUUCUGCAAGAUGGCAACCAGGAAGAUCUCAGUCAUCACAAUUUUUGGCACCAUGAACAACAGCAGCAUGAAAAUUGACCACUUCCAGCUAGACAAUGAAAAGCCUAUGAAAGUGAUAGAAGAUGAAGAUCUUGUGGACCAGCAGCUCAUCAGUGAGUUGAGGAAAGAGUAUGGGAUGACCUACAAUGAUUUCUUCAUGGUGCUGACAGACACUGACAUGAAGGUCAAGCAAUACUAUGAAGUACCCAUAGCAAUGAAGUCUGUGUUUGAUUUGAUUGACACGUUCCAGUCACGAAUUAAAGACAUGGAAAGACAGAAAAAAGAGGGCAUUGUCUGCAAAGAAGAUAAGAAGCAAUCCCUUGAGAGCUUCUUAUCCAGGUUCCGAUGGAGAAGGCGCCUGGUGGUGAUCUCUGCUCCCAGUGAUGAAGACUGGGCUUAUUCCCAGCAGCUUGCUGCUCUCAGUGGACAAGCCUGCAAUUUUGGUCUGCGCCACAUAACUAUCCUCAAAUUGCUGGGAGUUGGAGAAGACAUUGGAGGUGUCUUAGAGUUGUAUCCAAUUAAUGGAAGCUCAACUGUAGACCGAGAAGACAUCCCAGCUAAUUUAGUGAAAGACAUUCGGAAUUAUUUCCAAAUUAGCCCCGAAUAUUUCUCCAUGCUUCUAGUGGGGAAAGAUGGCAAUGUCAAAUCCUGGUAUCCUUCUCCCAUGUGGUCUAUGGCGAUUGUGUAUGACCUGAUUGAUUCCAUGCAGCUCCGGCGCCAGGAAAUGACAAUCCAGCAGUCGCUGGGCAUGCAGUGCCCCGAUGAUGAGUAUGGUGGGUAUGGCUACCACAGCUACCACCAGGGCUAUCAGGAAGGCUACCAAGAUGACUACCGUCACCAUGGAAGUUACCACCAUGGAUAUCCGUACUGAACAGAGUGACUUAGCCUCUGGCUGCCCCCGUGUCUGUCUUCCAAUAGCUAUCCAAGCAAUAGGUGGCCAGUUGCAGAAAAUCUUCCCAGGCCACCUAGAUAUCCAUGCUGUUCUUCUGCUGUUCAAUCAAGGGACUUUGGUUAUUUGCCUUCUCAAAAAAUGAAGAAGCCUUUACAGUGAAGCAAUUCAAACCAGUAGCAUUAAAGCUUUAAACAAUAAAGACUCCUUUAUACUUUUAAACCUUUAUAAACAAAGGCCAUCAGCAGGUGCUGUUUGUAUUAAAACCAAACAAAAGAAUUCCACAUGGGCACUAGAGUAGGGUAGGAAACCAAUUGUCCAACAAUGUGCUUUUUACUACUUUUUCUAAGGAGGAAAAAAAAAGUGUAUUUAUUGGAAAGUGAGAUUUCGUUAUGCUUAUGAAGAGAAACAAAAAAAAAAAAUCACAUUUUGGGUCUCUCCCAGAAAAGAAAAAUUUAAGAAACAAGCAUGGGGCAUGCUCUUUAAUAACAACAACAACAGUAAUAAAAUAUUUUUGAAACACCAUGUUUAAAAAGACAGCAUCCCUUCUACAUUACCAUUGUAAUUAGCUGGCUUUAUGAAUGAAAACAAGACUUAUGGCUAUGGCAGAACUUGUUCCAAUACAAUACAAUACAAUGUAAAGUUCUUAACUACAAAGCUUACUGCAUGGCUAUUUAUUCUUUCAGUAGGGGUCCCUGUUCUUUUAGGUCCUGCCCGCCUCACUGUUAAAUCCAAGUUAAUGAGAGCUAAGUGGACACACCAACCAGGGUUAGCACUGUCUGAAAUACAGAAAUCUGAAACGCAUUAUCUUCAUCAGAAAAAGAAAUCUCAUUCAAGUAUAUUUUCCAUGAGUUGUAACUAGCUCUCUAUAAUAAUGCUUUUAAUUAAAGUGUUACUCUAAAUUUGAAA